AUGUCGCUCGUUAUCCCGGAUAAAUUCCAACAUAUUCUUCGUAUUAUGAAUACGAAUAUUGAUGGCAAACGCAAGGUUAUGUUUGCGAUGACCGCUAUUAAGGGAGUCGGUCGCAGAUAUUCCAAUAUUGUAUUGAAAAAAGCCGACAUCGACUUGGACAAGCGUGCCGGAGAAUGUACCGAAGAAGAGGUUGAGAAAAUUGUAACAAUCAUGUCACAUCCGAGACAAUACAAAAUUCCCGACUGGUUCCUCAACAGACAGAAGGAUAUUGUUGACGGCAAGUACAGCCAACUGACAUCAUCUAACUUGGACUCGAAGCUUCGUGAGGAUUUGGAGAGAUUGAAGAAGAUCAGGGCUCACAGAGGCAUGCGUCACUACUGGGGUCUCCGAGUGCGCGGACAACACACCAAGACAACCGGCAGACGCGGUAGAACCGUCGGUGUGUCCAAGAAGAAGUAA